AACGUUUUCCUUACCGAUACUGCGUUGCAUCACACAGCUGAGCAAGACAGACGACAGUUCAAACGGUUAAACAUCAAAUUUUCGAGCUUUGCUUUUGGAUCAUACUCAAUGACCCAUCACGUCCUUCAGAUGGCUUUGAGACGGUACGUUUCAAUACUGCUUCUUCUCUCUGCCAGCAUGGACACCGUGUUUUCAGUUACCCAUUAUUCUAUUCCCGAAGAAAUGGAAGAAGGCUCUAUCGUUGCGAAUCUAGCAUCUGAUUUAGAGCUAGACGUGAAGACACUGAGUACGCGAAAAAUGCGAAUAGAUGCUGUGGCCAACAAAAAAUAUUUUGACGUUAACAAGGAGACAGGAGAGCUGUAUAUUUUGGAAAAGGUGGACAGAGAACAUCUGUGUCCCUGGAAGACCACUACGUCCUGCUUUCUUAAACUGGAUGUUACGAUCGAAAAUCCAAUAAGAAUGUUUAAUAUUGAGAUAGAAAUCAUCGAUAUCAACGACAACGCACCUCAUUUUCGACGUGACACGAUGCAUUUGGACAUUUCCGAGACAAGUUCCGUUGGUGAGCGGUUCUCCUUGAAUAACGCGGUGGAUACGGACGUUGGGACGAACUCUGUAAAAGACUACCACCUGAGCUCCAGCGACCAUUUCGCCAUUGAAAUUCAAACCGGAAGAGAUGGAUCCAAAUUCGCGGAUUUGGUUCUCAAAAAGCCUUUAGAUAGGGAAGAGCGGGCUGUUCACAAUCUAAUACUCACGGCUGUUGACGGCGGAGUCCCCACGCGCACCGGCACAGCCAGCGUCGUUGUUCGCGUGCUCGAUAUCAAUGACAACGCCCCGGCGUUUGACAAAGAUUUCUAUAAAAUAGAUGUGAUGGAAAACUCUCCUAUCGGAAGUCUAGUAGUUAAACUAAACGUUACUGAUCUAGAUGAAGGGACAAAUUCAGAUAUCGUGUACUCUUACAGUUUAUACACGUCAGAGAAAACGCAAAACACGUUCAGCCUGAAUCCAGAUAACGGUGAAAUAAGAGUAAAAGAAAUGAUCAACUAUGAAGAUUUCAAGAUUUAUGACAUGGAAGUAAUCGCCACUGACAAAGGUCCAAAUGCUUUGUCAGGGCAGUGUAAACUGACAAUAUUAGUGACAGAUAUGAAUGAUAAUCAUCCGGAAAUAUCCAUCAAAUCAUUUCAAAGUCCUAUAAAAGAGAAUGCACCUGUAGACACGGUGAUAGCAGUUGUCAGCGCAAGUGACAAAGAUUCAGGUGAUAACGGAUUAGUGGAUCUUCAAAUUCCUGUAAAUUUGCCUUUCAAACUGAGAAAAUCAUCCGAUAAUUAUUUUGAGUUGAUAGUGUCACAGAUAAUUGACCGUGAAGAAGUCCCUGAAUAUGAAAUCACUUUCACCGUCACUGACAGAGGUUCUCCUCCUUUAUCUGAUAAUGAAACUUUGACUUUAGAAAUAUUGGAUGUUAAUGACAACGUUCCGCAGUUCUCCCAGUCGUUCUAUACGAUACGCGUAAUGGAGAAUAACGCACCCGGAGCCCUACUAAGCUCCCUCUCUGCCUUUGACCCAGAUCUCCACGAAAAUCAAUACCUGGUUUAUUUCAUCAUAGAGAAGGACAUAGCCAACACCUCCAUGUCCAUGUUAUUCUCUAUUAAUCCAGAGAACGGCAAUCUUUACGCACUAAAGACUUUUGAUUAUGAGAUUGAGAAGGAGUUUCUUUUCCACAUCGAGGCCAGAGACUCUGGUGUUCCUCCACUCAGCAGUAAUGUGACUGUUCACGUCAUUAUCGUGGACCAGAACGACAACGCUCCGGUCAUUGUCUCUCCGUGGCGUGCGCACGGCUCCGUGGUGGAGGAGAAGAUUCCCAGAUCCACAGAUAAAGGCACUCUGGUUGCAAAGGUGAUAGCUAUAGACACCGACUCGGUACUGAACUCUCGGAUUACUUAUCAGUUUCUCCAGGUGACUGAUGCCACUUUGUUCAGCCUAGACCAAUACAACGGAGAGAUCCGGACCAUGAGGAUGUUCAGUUACAGAGACCCGCGUUACCAACGUCUGGUUGUUGUUGCCAAGGACAACGGUGAGCCUUCUCUCUCGGCUACAGUUACCAUCAAGCUGUCCACGAUGGAGACUGCUGUUAAGGCCUACUCUGACAUGAUGGAAGUACCUCUAGAAUAUGACAUCUUUUCAGACUUAAACCUGUAUUUGGUCAUCGGUCUGGGCUCUGUGUCCUUUCUGCUGUUGAUCACCAUAUUGGUCACCAUCGUGCUCAAAUGUCAGAAACCGAAGCCCAGCAAAGCUGCUGCUCCCUGUAGGAACAGUGUGAUCAGUGAGAGGAAUUCUACCAUUGGAGAUUCUACUCUGGUUUCCAACGAUGCCUACUGGUACAGCCUGUUUCUAGCGGAGACCAGGAAAGGAAAGUUUGUGGUCAGACAGCCUGUUUCAAAGGGCUCCAGGUACAUUGUGUCCAGUCUACCAAGGAGCACAGGACUGACAGAGACCAGUGACUCUGCAGCCUCAACUCUGCAGGAAUCCACCACCAGCAGCGGCAGUUCCACAUAAGUCCUCCUCCUCUGUAGCUCCUCACCGGAGCAAUGCCAAGACAGACGAAAGGAGAAGCCCCUGGCCAUAAACCCUUACUCUCAAUUGCCAAACUGCUCACUGAACCUCAGUCUGAUCCUCCGCUUAAACAUAAUGUGUGACUGUCACGACCAAAGGACUAAAUGACAGUCAGGACUCUCUUAGAAGGCCCUCUCCCUGCUUUCCCCUCCCAAUAUUCUCACCAUCGAUCUCUGUAAGCACACGUUAAACUGAUCAACACAGUAUCUUUGUCCAUUCAACACACACGGUUAUGACUCUGCAUGGCUUCAACUAUCACUCUGGGCCUUUCGUAUAAGAAAACACACAAGAAAGAAGAAAAUCGGGGAGAAGCUGAUUGUACGGAAAUCACAUCAACGGAUAUUCAAAGAAGCCACAACAUGGACUAAAAUGAAUGGACAUAAGAAUGUUGAACUGCCUUCAUGAGGCUGUUACCCCUCUUAAAAAAAACUAAACAAAAAAACUAAACAACUAUUUAAUGUCACCCUUUUGAAGCUCUGUGUUUUGCCUUGCUCGGAUAUAGCACAUGUGCAACACAAAUGUAUUAGCAGUGCAAACUUGAAAAGCACAAGAAUCGACGAAAUGUGCCGAAAAGCAUCAACAGAGGAUUUGAAAGUGGUGGACAAAAGGAAAUCAAGUGUUUUGUAACUGUGGUAGCUUUUAGUAGUUUUAUGGCGUAUAGUUAACUUUGUGCUUUAUAUGUGUGCUAUAGGCCUAAAUGUGGAUGAAAGAGUUUUAACCAUUUGCACUCUGUUAACCAGUUCAUCAUAAAAGAUACGUUUUUUUUUUACCAUUAUAUAUCUGCCUUUCUGUUAUUUCUUGCAUGGAAUAUUCAAAGUGCAUUGAUAUUUUUAUGUAUUAUUUGACUUGGAGCAAUCUACCAUGUCAAGCUUGGCCUCACUGUGGUUUCGUUUCUAAAUCAAGGGGUGGAAUUAAAUUGAAUGGUAUGAAAAUGGUUAACUAGAGCAACACAUUAAUCAGCAGAAGCUCAUGUUGUAUCACAAAGAGUUCAGAUUCUCAGAAAGGGUCUAAACCUACCAGCUCUUGCUUCAUCUCAAGGCAUGAGGUAAAUCUGCAUUACAGCAACAGUUGGAAUUUUUUUUAUAGAUCAACACAUUUAAAGCCUACUGUGUGUGAAUGUUUUGUUAUUUCUCACACCACUGAGUGAGGAGCAUCAUGCCAGUUGCAAAUAAAUCUCAAUCACUUUACCAAAGUGUACAUGCCGGGGUUUAGUCCAACAUCUUGGUUCAUCCGGAUAUAACGUUUAUUGACAGAUACAUUUCAUCACUCAACUAAAUGACAUCUUCAGUCUAAACUUUUAACUAGAGUUUCAAUGGCCACGUGUACUAUUCACAGAGGACUGGGGAAUAGUCACAAUCACAGCAUUGUAAGAUGGCGACAGAUGUACUCUUAUUCUGUGAAUAGUACACAUGGCCAUCGAAACUCUAGUUAAUGGUCACAGCCAUAUUUGCACAUGAAACUGGUCAUUGGUUUCGUUGUUAGGCAACUGUAUUGUACUGUAUUGUUUAUAAGGGAUGGGGACACCUGCAGUCAGUUUCGACUGAAGAUGUCACUUAGUUGAGUGAUGAAACAUAGCUAUCAAUAAAAAUUGUAUCCAGAUGAACUGAUUACAACCUUUGAUUUUCUUACCUGGAUUAUUGACAUGCAUCAACACAUGUUGGAAUGAACACGAGUGGGCUCAGUAUGGAUACAUUCAGAAUGAAUUGGGUAAUGUUGCCUGUUAACUUAAUCCAUCACAAUUAUGAUGUUGUACUUAACUUUGAAACCAAAAUUGUAUUUUAUACCUGCGUAUCAAAGUAUUGUGAGGAUAUGUAGAUUGAUAAAUGGACUUAGGAAAAAAAAAUUCAUGUCAUUAUCUUUGCUUUACAAUACUGAAAAUUUACAAACGUGGUUUAUAUCAAUGAAUAAUAGCUAUGAUUUCUUACAAUGUAUUCCUGGUUACUAUCAAUUUCUGUAUAAACCAACAGACAAUGAUAUGUGGAUUUACUUUUCAUGCAGAGCUCCCAUUGCAUUCAUUGUACCAAGUUAUAUUGUGUUUAAAUUAAGCAUAAGCCUUUGUACAGUCAUUUUCAAUGGUGCAAUACUUAGUAAUUAUGUAGUGUGGGAAUACUGUAUGCUACGGUGAUCUGUCAAAAAUUGCAACAUGAUAGAACAUUACACUAAAUGACAACUACUGAA